UCCAUGCUGUUUUGAAUAAAAAUCCCUUAAUUUCACACAAAAAAUGGCAAAAGACGACGAAAAAACGGAAAAAAUAUGGUCAGAUCCGCGUUUCGCGCAUCUCGUGAACGACCCACGUUUCAAGGGACUCCCAAAGUCACAGAAAAAGGUCAAAAUCGACAAGAGAUUCCAGUCGAUGUUCGAAAAUGACAAAUUUAAACUGAAGUACAAUGUGGACAAACGAGGCCGGAAAGUCAAUACGACAACCACGGAGGAUCUGAAGAAGUACUACGACUUGAGUUCGGAGAACGAAACCGACGAGGAGGAGGAAAAACGCAAAGAACAGAAAGCAAUUGAGGAACAAUCCGAAUCUGAGGAGGAGGAAACUGCCGAAACUGAUGAAUUUGGGAAUUCUACACUCGACAGAGGCGAUAUUGCGCAAGAUAUCAAGUCAAAGUUGAAGAAUUUGGACAUUGAUUAUGCCAGAGGUGAAGCUGCUUUGUUGUCGGAUAGUUCUUCAGAUGAGGAAUCCAGCGAAGAAGAAGAUCCCGAACUCAUGCUCGAUCAUGUCUGGGGCGAGUUAGAUGCCGAUGCGCCUCGUACGGAUGAAUCAACUCGUCGAAUUGCCGCUUGUAACAUGGACUGGGAUCGCAUUCGCGCCGUUGACAUCAUGGUUUUGUGUCAUUCUUUCCUUCCGCCGGGCGGUGUCGUGCAAAAAGUCUCCAUCUAUCCCUCGGAAUUUGGCAAGGAACGCUUGAAAGAGGAAGAAAUCACGGGUCCCAAGGAGCUAAUCGAGUCAGCGAACCGCGAUUCUGACAACGAAAUCGAUGCAAAAGAAGAAGAUGCCGAAGAAUCCGAAUAUCAACGUGAAAAAUUGCGCGAAUAUCAACUAAACAGGCUGAAAUAUUAUUAUGCCGUCAUUGAAUGUGAUUCCGUAGCGACUGCUGACAAGCUUUAUGCUGAAUGUGACGGCAUGGAAUACGAAAGUACGGCUUGCAAACUGGAUUUUCGCUUCAUUCCCGAUGACGUGACCUUCGACGAAGACGAACCACGUGACGUUUGCACGGAAUUACCGGAUUUGGCGAAAUACAAGCCUCGUUUAUUCACCACAAAAGCCCUGCAACAGGGAAAAGUCGAGCUGACGUGGGACGAAAAUGACAUGGAACGCAAGGAAAUCCAAGAAAAGUUGCUGAAUGGCGACUUGCAAGACGUGCCCGAUGACGUUUUGAAGAAAUAUGUCGCUUGUAGUUCGAGCGAAGGCGAAAGUGAGGCGGAAAAUGAGGAAAAAUCCGAGGAAAGUAGCGAAAGUGAGGUCGAAGAAGUGCAAAAAGGCAAGAAAAACAAGAAAAGUAGCAUCGAAAAAUACAAAUCGCUGCUUAACGAGAUCAAUCAGCAGGAGGAAGAACGGAAAAAACAACAAAUUGAACGAGAAUUCACGUGGGGCAUUGGCGUCGAGAGCGAUUUAAAUGCCAAAAAGUCACAAAAAUCCAAGGACAACCUCACACCUUUCGAAAAAAUCCUCGAAAAGAAGAAGGAAAAACGCAAGGAACGCAAAGAAGAACGAAAACGUCGCAAAAAAGGCUCCGAAGAUGACUCAGAUUCCGACAUCCCCGAUGGCAUCGACAUGAACGACCCAUAUUUCGCCGAAGAAUUUGCUAAUAACGAAUUUGAAAAACCCGCCAAAGCGAAAAAGGACAAAAAAUCAAAGAAACCUUCCGUGGAAGACGACGAAGAUCAAGAAGCUAAAAAUGCGCAGUUGUCACUGCUGCUCGCAGAUGGCGACGACGACAAUCGAGCUCACUUUAGUUUGAAGAAAAUUCAGGCGAUGGAGGACGAAACGAAGCCCAGCAAAGCGAAACGCAAGUUCAAAAAGAAGAAAUUGCGCGAAAUUCAAGCAGAAAAGGAAAAACUAAAGGCGCAGGACGAUUUCAACUUAAAUUUAGCUGAUGACAGAUUCAAAGCGGUCUUUAGCAAACCAGAGUUCAAUAUUGAUCCCACAAAUCCGCAGUUUAAGAAAACCAAAAAUAUGGAUGCGUUGAUACAGGAAAAACUGAAGAGAAAGGACAUUUCCAACGAAAAUGGGAACGAGACCGAAGAUUCGAGUAAGAGACCGAAGUUAGAUCCCGAAGUGAGUGCGAUGAUGAAAAGUAUCAAGAGGAAAAUCAAGGAUUGUUAGUUUUUUUUUGUAAAUAAGAAAAUUUACAAAUAAAAAAAAUUAUUGAAGUUUU